GGAAUACGUGUCUUCCUGUCCUCUGUAUAAUUUUGUUAUAAAGAAUUCUCAGUUAGGGGACAUUGUUACUUCAACACUGGAAAAAAACGAACCCUUUGACACGCGAUCAAGCUCGUGUGGAGGGAGAACAUGGAAACACUACCGAGGAACUCGAUUGAUUAUUACAUACUGCCGAACAAGAUCAUGUGCACUGUGAUUGGCAUGUGGCCUUCCGAUGAAAAACACUCGAUCUCCAGCAAAAUAUUCGCAUACUUCCGGUUCAUAUUCUCUUUACUGGCUGCCAUUAGCAUUUUCGUGCCGGGACUUUUGGCAAUUGCAGUGAACUGGGGUGAUCUGAAAAUUCUGACAGGAGUCGGGUGUACUUCGAUGACUCUUGCACAACUUUUAUUCAAAAUAAUUUAUCUAGUAGCAAGACGAGACAAAUCAUAUAGAUUGUAUAAAGAAUUAAGAAGCCUCUGGGACUCUACUGACGAUCCUAAGGAAAGGCAAUCUUACGAAGAAUUCGCUUACUCGGCACGAAUUUAUUCGAUCAUCUUCUAUUCGUCCGGGACGAUGACUGUGUUUAUGUUCACAACUUCAGCAGCCUGGGAUUGUAUUAGCAACGGACAUAUCGGCAAUGGUGAUAACGGUCGACAUUUACCAAUUGAUCUCUGGUAUGGAACGGAUGUCACGGAAUCGCCUAACUUUGAAAUCGCGUUUGUUUGUCAAUUCCUAGCAGCUUUGGUUUGCACCGUCGCAAUUUGUGCCGUAGAUACGACGUGUGUCACCAUAAUCCUACACGUAUCUGGACAAUUCAGACUAAUCAGCACGUGGAUCGAUAAUAUUGGGAUCGAAAUAAGAUGCCAUUCUACUAAUUAUGUAUCUGAUCGUUCUGGGAAUUUGGCAACAGAUUUAAUCAGGUGUAUUCGUCAUCAUCAACGAUUAAUAAAUGUGGUGAAUGACGUUAAUGAUUUAUUAACACCCAUCAUUUUUCUGCAACUCCUUACGAGUGGAAUAGAGAUUUGUUUAAGUGGAUUCGCAGUUAUGAGUAAUGGUUCAAGCGCUGAUUUAUUUAAAUUUGUCUCUUACUUAUCAUCGAUGAUGAUACAACUUUUAUUAUGGUGCUGGCCAGGUGAAAUUUUGGUGCAGGAAAGUGAGGAAAUAGGAUAUGCAGUUUAUCAGCAUGUACCAUGGUAUAAAUUAUCACCGAUUUAUAGAAGACAGCUUCUACUUAUAAUCCUCAGAUCGCAGAAGUACUGCAGUAUUUCGGCAUUAACGUUUCAGACAUUGUCUAUUCAUACUCUAACAUAUGUAUUUAAUACAGCCACUUCCUAUUUCGCUUUAUUACGUCAAAUACAAGAGAAAGAAGUGUCAAAUUUAUGAUAGUGGGAAUAUAUGGUUUCUCCCGUGUUGUAAAAAGCUUUGGAAGAAAUAAUAAAAUAUAGCUGUAUAAUUGUGCAAGAUUUGUAGGUGAUGAGUUAACCUU